AUGAAAAAGUUUAGGAAAUGUAUGAAGGAGUACAUAUCUCAGGGUCUGUUCAAUUCCUUGACUCCGGAGGAGUCUGCUGAUAAGCUGGUUUCUCUUUUGGAGGAGUGCGGAUACAAGGCCAUUGCCUGCGACUUCGACUCGACUAUAAUAGAAAUGCACUCUGGCGGUUAUUUGGACCCGAACGUUGACCGUCGUGUUCUGGAGUCUGUGACUCCGGACUUUAAGGCUUUGGCCAAGAGGCUAAAAAACUCCACAGUCUCACUAUUCGUUGUAACUUAUUCUGAUGCAGUGCAUGUCGAAGGUCAUGCGAGGUAUAUCUCAGGAGAUAAAAUGAUCAGUGCGGCUCUCAAAUAUAGUAACUGUGAUGCUGAUAUUAAACAAGUUUACGCCUAUUAUCCCAGAUUUUGGGAUUCACCAUCGAUGUAUAAAAGGUUGGGAUUGGAGGGUCCAAUGCCCUUGGGUAAGGAGUACCAUUUAAAGAGGAUUUGUUCUGAUCAUAACUUUACACUCGAUGAGAUUAUCCUCAUCGACGAUGACAUGAACAAUUGCAGAAACGCAGAAUCGCUCGGUGUUACAUCGCUCCAUGUUACAGGAGAAGGCCUAAAGUUCAUUGAACUUGACCUUCUUUAA